UUUUUUUUGUUUUUUUCUCUUUUUUUUCUUCCUCAGAUAACUACGAUGGACCUUUGCUCACCAGAAGAUAUUUCUCCUCCCGCUACACCACCCAGUUUUAAUUUUGGGUCUUCUUCGCAUACUACUCCUCUGCCCACACAUUUAAAAAAUGCUCUCAAGAAUAAAACCAACAGACCCACACAAAGACUAAGAACUAGUUUUUGUGAAACUUCUCUUCAAGAGUUCAGCUUCGAUGAGGACCAGCUUUCUCAUCUUCGACAACUCAAGCAGUCCUUUCAACAACUGACACCUGAGCAAAAGCAGUUUCUCUUGUACGAAAUUAUCAACAGCUGUGAUAAUUCUCAGCUGACUUAUUUGAACAGCCUUAUCGCUCCCCGCCUUAAAAUCGACUUUCUAAAGGAACUACCCAUCGAAAUCUCUCUUCAUAUCCUGACAUUUAUUGAUGAUCCCAAGACAUUGGCCAGAGCAGCUACUGUGUCUACCUUAUGGAACUCGCUCCUCAAAGACGAAGCUACCUGGAAAUCAUUGUGUAUGAAACACCAAUAUCGCCGACGUAAUUCAAGCAUAUGCGGCGGAGAACUAUUAGAACCACCGAGUCAACGCCGAAACUUUUCAUACAGAGAAUACUUUAAACGCAAAUACAACGUCGCAUCCGCUUGGGCACAUGGUGGUAAGGUCAAAGUAGUAGAAGACGGCUUUGGUGACGGUCUGGUUACUUCACUCCAAUAUGAUGAAAAAUACAUUGUCGUUGGCUGUGACAACCAUCGAAUUGAAGUAUUUGAUACAAACACCGCAAAAAAAGUGCGGACUUUGGAAGGACACGAAGGUGGUGUUUGGGCAUUGCAGUUUAAGGGUGGAGAAAAGCAUGACCCAGAGCGUAUUCUUGUUACUGGUGGCUGUGAUAGAGAUGUGCGUGUUUGGAACUUAAAUACAGGUGAAUUACGUCACGUUCUACGUGGACAUAAUUCCACCGUACGUUGUCUAAAGAUGAAAGAUAAACGAAUUGCGGUCACUGGCUCAAGAGAUACAACCAUGCGUGUAUGGGAUAUUCAACGCGGUACCUGUAUUCACCUCUUACUUGGACACCAAGCUAGUGUCCGUUGUAUGGAAAUCAGUGGCAAUGUUGUUGUAUCUGGCUCUUAUGAUUCUACUGCUCGCGUCUGGGACUUGCGUACAGGUCGCUGUCUUCAUGUAUUGGCUGGUCAUUAUACUCAGAUCUAUGCCAUCGCUUUUGAUGGCCAUAAAGUUGUUACUGGCUCAUUGGACUCAAAUAUCCGUGUUUGGUCUGCUGAAACAGGACAAUGCUUGGCCACUCUACAUGGCCAUACUUCUCUGGUUGGUCAACUCCAACUCUCUGGUUCAACACUCGUCAGUGGUGGAUCAGACGGAUGUUUGCGUGUUUGGGAUCUUCAGCACUAUGAAUGCAUUCAACAGAUUUCAGCCCAUGAUAAUUCAGUCACUUGUCUUCAGUUUGAUGAUCGACGCAUGUUGAGUGCUGGUAAUGAUGGGCGCAUUAAGUUAUGGGAUAUCAAACAAGGCAGAUUAAUACGUAGCUUUACUCAACCUGCUAAAACUGUGUGGAAGAUUCAAUUCUCGGAAACAAAGGCUGUUGUGCUUAUGCAGCGCAGGAGAUCGUCUAAUUCUGACGAAGGCAAGACUGUAAUGGAGGUGCAUGAUUUUGAUGUAGAAGAGAUUGAAGAUUAUUCACCCAAUUCAACUGAAAUGAUUAUAGAUACCUAAUAUUCACAUAUAAGUACGAUCUCUUCGUCUCUUCUUCCUUUCCAUAACUCCAUAUACUAUCAUAUCAUAUCAUAAUAACUUUUCUGUACACACAAUACAUACACAUACAUAUAUAUAUAUAUAUAUAUGU